AUGGCACAGAAAAUCUUCCAAUCUUUCAGAAGAAUCCCUGGUAAUUUCCCUACCUUUCGUAAAAAAGCAGAGCAAAGCGAUUUACAAGGAUCAAAACACAAGGUGUCUAUUUGUUGCGACUAUGGGUUUCCUUCUAAACCUACUUCACUUGCCUACGAUCCAGUUUUGGACAUGCUUGCUGUUUUAACGCGUGAUGGAAACCUUUAUAUAUACGGAAAACCAGGAAUAGCAUUUUCUGCCUUGCACGAAACGGUUGCCCAAUAUAUCCAGGUUAUCUUUCUAACUGGCAGUAAAAAGCUGGUUACGCUGACAGAUUCAGAUGAUUUAUAUCUGUGGGAAUUGGCUUCAUCGGGACAGACGUCCAGCCAACUAGUUCAGAGAUCAUGCCUCAAGAGGAUCACAAGCCAGCUUAGAUCUCAAUCAAUAGGAAUUGGAGGUACCGCUAAUAGUGAAGAAAACAGUCAUGUUACUGCCAUGUACUACGCAUCUGAAAGUCAAAGUAUUUUAAUAGGUUGUGAUAACGGCUGGGUUGCUCCUAUUCGUCUAAACACCAAUUCGGUCACUAAUGAUUACACGAAAUUCUGGUGUGCUCCUUCAGUUGAUGAUGGAAUAAGCCCUUCUCGAGUAUUGGAUAGUAUACCACCUGACCCUCGUCAGCGUCAUCGUGCAGAUGCUGUCGUAGUUCUGUCAGAAAGGCCUGGUUUUCCAGGACAGCUGCUUAUCGGCUACAAUUCCGGCUUGAGUGUACUAUUUGACCUACGCUCGAAUCGCUUAAUGACUUAUUUACCGUGGCAACAUGGUUUGGAGUCUGCAGCUUGGUGUGGCGGCAAUGGCAAACCGCAUAACUCAAAACCACCAUCACAUUCACCUCAUCUGGGGACACGUCUCUUGGCCGCACAUACAGAUGGAUCUCUGGGAGUGUGGAGUUUUAAGGACAUUGGAUUUCCCACAAUAACAAGUACUCCUGUCCAAGCGACCAUGCUAUCAAUGGAAGAACCUCCAAGUAUGCCCUAUGGACCUUUUCCGUGUAAAUUAAUCAGCAAAGUUUUCUGGCUUCCUUCAGCCUUUGGAGGAAUCACAGUAUUUGUGGGGGGAAUGCCGCGUGCCACUUACGGAGAACGUCAUACUGUUAGUGUAUUACGUGGGUCUAAUAUCGAUGAGGCAGCUAAUGCCAAUAUUGCUGCCGCUCGACUUGCUGCAGCGGCUGAGGCUGAAGACGAUGAUGAAUUACCGGAAGGAUGUCAAGCGUCUGCUGCUCCCAUCCAUGUUUUUGAUUCGGAUGCACCGGAACAUGUUUGUUUUGACUUACCUUCCAAAUUAAUUGAUUUGGUUCCUGUCGGACCUCUGGGUGGACCUGUUCAGAUACUUAUUCUUUUAUGUGAGGAGGAGUUAGUAGCAGUUGAUCUUAUUACUUCCGGUUGGCCUUUCAUGCGCCCUCCUUAUCUAACUUGUCUUCAUACGACAUCUCUAACAGCAUACAACCUAACAACCCAAGUGAAUCCAACCUUCCUAGCAAAUUUGGAAGCUGCCGGUGUAUACUUUGGUCCAGAGGGUCGCUUUGGUCGUGGAGGAGCUAUUGCACACAAUUCAACAGGCAGUGGUUGGUCGUCUCUGCCUUGGCCUAUUCAAGGUGGUCAUGCUCUGAUUAAUGGGUCUCGACUGUCCACCAGCUCUCUAGGUGGAAAUAUCUUGUAUACAGAUGAUUUACUUCUUACUGGGCAUGAAGAUGGUUCUGUUGCAUUUUGGCGCCUUAGUGCUGGAGGCUGUCUCAGACGUAUUUAUACACUACACACAGCUAUUUUAUUCGAAGAUGUCAGUCAAUUGGAUCAUACAAAUGGAGUUGAUGAUGAGGGUGAAUCGUCAUGGCCCCCAUUGCGUCAAGCUGGCGUGUUUGAUCCUUUUAUGGACGAUAGUAGAGUCGCUGUACAGUUCGUUUAUCUCUGCGAUAAUACAGUAGUUGUUGGGGGAGCUGCAGGACAGGUGAUUGUAUAUCAAUUUCUCAAUCUGAUGCCAUGUAUUGAACCUGUAACUGUACCAAUUAAGAAAUCAAUGCCUGGAUUUCAAUGGAAGGGACAUGCUCCUCUUACGCUCAGGUCAUGUUUUAGUAACAGUUGUAGUGUUACUUCAGCACCGACAACACAACCACCUCAGCUACAGCCUAUUGCAGUUAUAUUCGUGCAACCUCCUGCCCGUAUAACUUCUCUUCUCUUGAGUGAAUUAGAUUUAUCUCAUAUCAAAGAGAUUAAUCAAGUCUCUACGAAUAAUACCAAUAAUUUCCCAGUUUUACUUGCACUUGGUACUCCCCACGGUUUCGGUGUUAUAUUUGUGCCCAAAUUUCUAUCUAAUAACAGUAUGGAUUCACAAAAACCAAUUCCACCGCAAGCACUUCUUGCGGUGUCAACUAUACCUGAUAACGUCGAUGCUCUUCAAGAGGCUGCUGCUGGUGAAGGUUGGGCAAGACGUCGUACACGAGAACUUAAGAAGAGUCUUCGUGAUUCAUUCAGACGUCUGAAAAGAGUACGGUCAACUAAGUCAAAUGUUCAACUAACUGCACCAACUUAUGUUCCUAAUACCAGUCGAGCUGGCAUACGACGCACUGUUACCCAAUCUAAUCGUCCUGCUGCAAAUCAAACUGAUGCAACUCCCCUUGAUGAAGCUGAAAGACGUAGUGGACGUAUUGCAGAUGAAAAUAUACAGUUGAUAUCACAAUACAAUGUUGAAAGGGAAAUAUGUGAUCGUGCUCAGGAUUCUGCUGGUGUAGCUAUUGUGUCUUGUUUUGCAUUUGGUCCCUCGUUAUUCAAGUCGGGUUCUUCAAAUCCUCGUCCAACACUCCAUCCUAUCGCCAGUCUUUUUGUCGGUACUAAGGCUGGAACUGUUAAAGUAUAUUCUAUCUUCGCUGAUAAAACUUCGAGCACGUCUGAUCAUCCUAAGCUUCAUCUUUAUUAUUCUCGCGAACUUGUUCUAAAGCAUCGUGCACCUGUUCUAUCUCUUCGUCUUGUAGACACUAAGACAAAUAUACCUUUCUCACUAUCAGAUUUCAAACUUCAUGCGAAUGAUGCUAGCAAAACUUAUACUCUUCCUGUCCUAUCAGUUGUCAGUGAAGAACAAAUUCGUUUGUUUAGCUUGCCUAAUAUACAUUUGAAAUAUAAAGCUCGUAUAACAGCUACUGAUGGGUAUCGCAUUAAAUCAGCCUCACUGAUUGGAUUUAAAGUACAUGGGAAGACUAAUCCAUCGCUAUCAAAAGAAUCCAAUGCUGACUCUGCCUGUGGUGACAUUGACCGUUCAUUUGCCAGUGGAAUGUCCGUAACUUCUCAUAUAGAUCAAAACUGUGAAUAUUCGUUUGUUUUCACAAAUGUUGGUGGUCAAGCUGUUGUUCUCAAUAUGCCACAACUUCGUCGACAGGAUACUUUACACCUACUGGAUUCUCAUGACGUUGUUGCAGUCAGUUCAGUUGUAUUCUCUCAACCUGGUAGUACAAAUGUAUAUACUCCCGGUUAUAUUCAUGGACCAGCUCUUGGACUUUAUCAGCUGGCUCCCGGUCAAUUGACGCUGUUUGAUAUUGUUCGUAUUGGACAGAAAGCAAGCCCACUUGGAGUGUCUUAUCGCCCAAUAUAUCGACUUUCACUAUCUAGCAAUACAAAUCAAAACGCGAAAACUGUAUCCGCUAAAAGCAACAGGACUGGUGAUAUUGGAGUUAGUCGGAAUGAUGCAGUAAGAAAUGGUGUCGCUUUACCGCCUACUAAUGAUGGGAUCGUUUACAGAGGCGGCGUUCAGUGA